GUCUGUUUUCUCCGUCCGCCUCCAAUAUAAAAAGGCAGUCCAUAUCGUUGCCUUUGCUCACGACCGCUUCUCUCUCGCGAUGCGUUUCAAUCUGUUUGCUCUCGCUUCCCUUGCGACCUUCUUCGCGGCUCCCGUGGCCAAUGCGCAGUUCUGCAGCGAGGCGGCGCGCUUUGGCGUGCUGUCUGUCGUGCCCUCUACCGUAGCUCAAGGCGAUUGGUUCACCGUGCACGUGGAUUUGACAUGUGCCAAGCAACUUGGGUACCUGCCGACCUACAUGGAUUAUUACAUCGAGGUGCUCAGCAACAACAAUGGGCACGAGGCUCCGAUCCUCCUCGACCGUCGGACCUACGUUCCCGGAGCAUUCCCAGCCGAUACUUUCACGGCUCAGGUUCCCCCGUGGUAUUACUUUGCCGAUGCGAAAUAUUCGGUUGUGUUUGUGAACAGCUUCGCGAAAUCAGGCCCGGCGAAUAACUCUGUGAUCACUUCGGGCUCGAUCUCUACUCCGAUUAACAUCACAGGCAUCGUCUAAUGUCCACUAGGCGCAGUGAUAGUCGAUAGUCUUCGUGUCUCUGUUGAAAUUGAACGUACGUGGCAACGGAAAGUCGAGAUAACGCGAAGGGAACAUUGGUUUCUCAUCAAUGUAACAUCAACUUAUCGAGACGCCCUAUGUUUCGAUCGACGUUUGACAUGACAUGUGGCGAUGAAGUGGCGCCUCGAGCUCCCAUUCGAUUCUCGC